GAAGGACGUUGCAAGUGUGGGAGAGCCUUCGAUCGACCUCCAUCUCGUCCUCCUGGCCAAUUAAUGGGUUCGGCGAAGGCUCGAUCGGGCCCUCUGCUGACACUCAUCGAGCGAAUCGAGGACUGUACAGAGUAUAGUGUUCUGAAGAUUCUCUUGUAGUUGCUCGUGUCGUUUUCUUGUCCUUGUCUAUAGUAGUUCUUCUUCGUGACAUGGGUUUCAGAUGAUUGUCAUGUUUAUGACUUCAUGUGGAGUAAUGGAUGACUUAGGCCAUGCCCGAAAUAUCGAAGUGUUCAAAGUAUACCGUCCGUAUACUGCUCCGCUUGUGCCACUUCAGAUUUUCAAGAUGCAAGGAGCAGGAAGCAUCUCUUAAUUGUGUUUCUUCUUGCAUUUCUUCUUUUUGGUCAUUUCAGUGGAAGAAAUUCGAAGUUGUGGAGUAAUGGGCCACGGGUUGAAUGUCGUGGUUUGGUCGACCUGUUGCUGGAUAAUUGUACAAGGAGAAAGACGGUAUACUGAUUGCACGAGCAAAUGGACAAACUUUGAGCUCAGCGGAGAAUUUUCUGCAUUGAGGAAUCUACAUCUAUGAGUUAGGGCUAAAGUGGACAUUUCCAGCGGCCUCCAUUGGCUAAUUGCGACAUUGGAAUCGACAUUCGCCACCCGGCUGUAUAUCCUGAUCUGGCUGUGGUGUAAAGAUCAUGGAGUUUUGUCCAACUUGUGCUAAUCUGCUACUGGUCGAGCAUGCAUCGUCGGGGCGGUCCCUUCGGUUUUUCUGUCCCACCUGUCCUUACAUAUAUCGAAUCGAAAGGAAGAUCAGCAAGAAGCUUGCGUUGAAGCAGAAGGAAGUGGACGACGUUCUUGGUGGGGAGGAUGCCUGGAAGAAUGUAGAUCGUACCGAAGCAACAUGUCCACAGUGCACCUACAAUCAGGCCUACUUUAUGCAGAUUCAGAUACGGUCUGCAGAUGAACCGAUGUCAACCUUCUACAAAUGCUGCAACAAUGCAUGCAACUUUCGGUGGAGAGAGGGGUAGAAAUAUAUCAAGCGGUUUCCAUAGAUUGAUUAGAGGGAGGGAAGAGAUUCUUUUUGUCUGGGAUAUUCCACGUUGUUGAUCUCUGGUAAGUGUACCUCAUGGAUCAACAAGCUGGAAUUCUCGCACUUUUUGGCUUCGUUAUAGGGGCGUCUUUGUAGUAAACAAGACCCGCUUGCUGAUCUGUUCAUUUAGUUAGGCGUCUUGUAGUAAACAAGACCCGCUUGCUGAUCUGUUCAUUUAGUUAGGCGGCAACAUACAUGAGAAGAUCAAAGCAACUCUACUAAAGCACUGAUCGAAGGAGUGACAGUUGUGAUACCUUCUUAGAUUGUUUCUAGAAGACAAUCGUCCUGGGUCACUGUAUUAAUUGGUUUAGAACGAGGCAUCUUAGGACCUCCCGCUGAGACUCUACUAGCUGAGAGUUUGGUCUACUCGAUUUCAGGCGAUGGGGUGGAACCUCUCUUAAGUCAAUACGUUCCUAUAAUAUCUAGUGUGAAAGCUAUGGACACAAUCCUUGCUGCAGAUCAACUAGAGAAAGGUUGUGGACCCGUCACUUUGUAAAAGGACCACAAGAAUCAAACGUGAGAUCUGAAUUCAUAAGGCUACAACAGAGAACCGUAAUUGCCAGGCACCCCUUGCAGGGACGAAGUAUACCUCAGAAACUCGUACUUCAAGUAACUUAUGUCGUUGGUCACUUAGGCCAAACUUGUUGCAGAAUUAUUUCGACAACUCAGGUAACUGAUGUUGUGCACCGUGUCUUCUGCACAGGUCUGCCAUUCGGCACUCAAGUUUGUCAUAACUGCGUUCCUCUGAAACCUACGUGAGGCAUAUAUGUACAUAAAAGUAAUCC